UUGUCCACUGGAGAAUCACUGCCAGAUUGUGUCCAUAUGUGGGUGUGUGUUGUGAACUUACAAGAAAACAGACAGCUCAUAGAAAGCAGAGUAUUUCUUGCAGAAGAGUAUCUUCAGCCACUCAACCAUCAUGUCUCAAUCUGGUCAGGAAGAUGAACAAAUGCAACGUCCUGAAGUGAAAGAAGAGGACCUGACUAAAGCAAAGAGUCAACUUGGUAGUGGUGGGCCUGUGAAGAGCAAGACAUUUGAAGUGAUGGAGGAGUGUGAGAAGAUGGGAAAAGCGGCUCCCUCAGUGUUCAGUGGAGUGAAGUCGGGAGCAGAGACUGUUUUCAACACACGCUCAACUCGACCAGUGAGGAAGUAGAGGCAAACUUCCCUUCUAUGGCUGGAUGAAACCUGUUCCAUGUUAAAAAGUUUGUCUUUUUCCCACCGUAGUCCAGCUGAAAACUGAAUGACACAGCUUUAGUUUUGGUUUUUGCUUCAUGUUGCAAAUGUCCAGCUAAGGUAUAUCUACUGCCAAAGAACACCAAUUAGUAACUUAACUUCAAGAAAUGAACAUUUUGUUCCUGUGGUGGAACGUAACUAAAUUAAUUUAUUCAAGUAAAAUAUUUAGCUAUCAAUUAUUGUUUGAAUGUUUGCAUUUCUAAACGAUCAUUUAAUCAAUUGACCUAUAGUUUUUAAGUAGUAACACAAUAUUUUCUUGUGGUGCAAUAUUGUGGUUGAUACUUUUGAAUAAACUGUAAAAAAAACGUACUGUGUUGUGAAAUAU